AUGCGAACACCAUACUCCCCGCUCAAAGCCCAAACCGCCCUAUCCCUGGCCCAAAAGGAAGGCGAGCCAGAAAUCACCUUCGGCGAGGACAACGAAUAUUACAGCGGCAUGGCCGACUCUCUCACCCGCAAUGAGGCCAAAGCAGAAGCAGAGAAGGACUCCGAGUCCGAUUCAGGCGGCGACAUCAUCCCCGGCCCAAACAACCGCAGAGCGCCUGGCACCUCGAACGCAGUCUCACAGAAAGCCGACGAGGACAUCAUCGAGACGCAGUUGCACAUGAUCCACGCGAGUCUGCUCAUCCACAAGCCAGAUGGCAGCAUCAAGUGGAAUGCCGCGAGCGAGAUCAACCCCUUCAUCUCCCCCGACUCCCCCCUCUACAAAUCCGGCGGCCCCGUCCUCCGCGUGCAAGAGUCCCUCUCCUGGACCAUGGACAUCAUGCUCUGCUGCCGCGCCCGCUGCACCUUCUGCGCGCAAGUCUUCGGGCCGGAGGACACGGACCAAGACCGGCGGAACGCGGCGGAGGGCGCGGAGCAGGUGGAGUUGAAUGGUGAGAAGAGUCCGUAUCGGGGGUUGCCGUUUGUGCACACGAAGGAUCUGAGCAAGCGGAAGGGAGGGAGGUUGUUUAUGCCGGCGGAGGGCGAGGGGGAGUGGGGGUUGGAGGGGGUUGAGAAGACGAGGGUCAUUGAGGCGUUGUUUAUUGUGGCGAGUAGGAAGACUCGGUUGAGGUGUUUGGCUUGUGUGGUGGAUCGUUGUCAGGUGUGUAAGGAGGCGAAGGAGGAGGCGGAUAGGCGCGUUGGGGAGCGACGAGCGACUGGGCCGAAGAGGAAGAAGACAGUUGUUGAUGAUACGUUGGACGAUGAGAUACGGGUCGGAGGGCCAGGGGGUGGUGCUCGAGAUGCUGCAGAGAUGGAGGAGCAGGUCGUGGUGGACGCUGAUGGAGGUGUUCUUCGGGAAUAUGUUUCAGCGGAGGCGUCGCCCGAGCGUCCGAUGGGAGGUGUUUCAAGCAAGAGCAAAGGCAAGAGGAAGUUGAUGGCCUGA